GGAAAAAUUUAUAAAAAGCCAUGAUGAAUUGGAAUACUCAUAAUGAAAACCUUGCUACAUAAUAGUAGCCCAGUAAUUUAACAAUUAGGAACAAAUGAGCAAGUCACACAAUAAAAAUCUUGAAAAUCAUUGUGUGGAUGAUUAUCAUAUACUCAUAAUAGCUUUGUUAAAUUGUAGUUGAAAUACAAGAGAAAUAAUGUUACAGUGACAAAAUGUCGAAAAUAAGCACAAUUAUAAGCUAGAGAGAAGCAGAAAGAAUAUACACGACAAACAGGAAGGCCUUAAUGAUUAAAAAUUGGCUUCACUUAGCUC